AUGAGACAUUUGGAAUCUUCCAAUAGCUUUUGUGGGGUUCGUCAAUGUGACCUUGAACUUGGUCUGUUCAAGAUAUUUUUUUACAUUUUGAAAAGUUAUGCAAGUUUGGAUGGCAAUGGCUGCAGUAAAGAAUACUAUGCUGUGAUGGGUGUGCCACAUGGCUGUUCACUGGAGGAGCUCAAGGAAGCGUAUAUCAAGCUUGCAAAAAGACUUCAUCCUGACAGUAGAAAUAAAGAUGCUGAUGGAGCACAGUUUGCAAUUGUGGAAAAUGCUUACAGGAGACUACAGGAACAUAUCCAAAGUGAAGCAUCAGGUGAAAAUAAGGCAACAGAAGAGGAGGGUGAAGUGAUACAGAUCAAGCACACAGUUCCACAACACAGACAGUAUCUUGGUUAUGAGGGUGUUGGUUUUGGGACACCCACUCAGCGAGAAAAGCAGUACCAGCAGUACAAGGUGGCCAGAGCACAGGACACUGUAACAGAUCGCAGGAUAGAGAAACAUGCUGGGCAGUAUGAAACAGCAGUGAUAGUCAAGGACAAGAAGCGCAGUCAGACUCACAGAGUCAAGGGAAGUAUAAACAGUGUCGUGAAUGACUUGAUUCUUGAUGCAAUGAAUCGGGGUGAUUUUGACAAUCUUCCUGGGGCAGGAAAACCAUUGAAGCAUACCACCUACAAUAUAGGGGUAGAUUCCACCACACACAACCUCAAUAAGAUUCUAGUCAACAAUGGCUUUGCUCCUGAGUGGGUCAUGCUGCAGAAAGAUAUCAAGUCAGAACAUAAAAAAGGCAGAAAACAAUUAUGCAGAAAGAGACUCUUUUUAGGAGGACUUCCCUUUACAUCUAGUCAAGAAAAACUUUGGAAGGGAUACACAGAUGACUUUCGCCAAACUAUAGCAGAUGUUAAUAAAUUAAUAGAUAAGUUCAACAUGAUAGUCCCUUCAAUGCAGUGGCAAAUGUUUCAUUACAAAACAGAGCCUUUUAUUAAACAAACUUUAGAUGCAGAUUUAGAAGCAUUGGCUCAGGAACUUGGUGAAAAAAUAGCAAAAUUCUCAGGAAAUCAGCAAGAGUGCAGAAACUUUGAUCCAGGAAUGUCUGGAGGGCCUGGUGAUGAAAAUGCAGUAUUUAAGGAAUUUUACAAUGAAAUUAAAUCUUGGUUUUUAAAUUUAAAGACAGAGAAAAAAGAUGGUUAGCCUCACUCGUUUAGAUGAAAUUGACCAAGGCAUGAAAUAGAUGUCACUAUGAGAGCAUCCACAAAAUUCAACUGAUACUAUAUAACAUAAUAAACAUAUCACUGUCUUAAAGAUGAACAUAUACUUGUUUCUGGUCAUCGGAUUUUCAAAUGAUAUACCUGUCU